AUUUGCUAUGAGGAGACUUUUUAGGGCUGAGUUAAAAAAAAACACUCAGGAUUUUUUUUUUUUUUUUAGCUGAGCAGCAGGGCGGGUGAACUCACUCUCCCUUUCUUCUUGUUGCUGUGUCUCAGUUUCAUCUUUCAGUCUCCAGCUCUGCCUUCAGCUGCACCUCGGACAAACCAGGGAGGAAACGUUCCGACUGACGGCUGAAGAUGAGGUCUCACCUGCUUUUCCACGUCACCUGCGUGACUCUGCUCUGGCUCUGCUGCGGGUUGUCUCGUUCCACUCCGCUGUUCUACAACCUGUCGAUGGACGGCAGCGGCGACGAGCCGGAGCUCAUCUUCCCCACGUCCUUCACCACCCGAGCGCCCGUUCACCUCACCGUGGUCACGGAGCCUCCCACCCUCACCACCGCCAUCACCAACACCAUCACCACCACCAUGAUCCGUCUGAAAGACUUCGUCCUGACCCGAGUGGUGGACUUCCUGCAGGAGAACCUGCUCAUCAUCAUCGUCGUCACCUCUCUCCUCAUCGUCAUGGUCUUCAUCAUCUGCUGUGCCUCGGCCAUGAGUCACAAGCGCAAGCUGGAGGCCUACAAGCCCCUGCCGAACCCCCCCAGGAAGCCCACAGCCAAGAAAAGUGGCGGGAGCAAGACCCCCGGUGAGCUCCAGGACAAGCCGUACGCAGUGGACCACGUCAAGCGGGUCCAGACUCUGAGCUCGGCCUCUCCCAAGCACCUGCGCACCCCCUCCAAGGCUCUGGUGGGGGAAAUGGGUCGAGACGUCAGGUCGUCGCCUCGCCAGGAGGUCAGAAAGGUCAGGGAGGCGGAGGAGGUGGAGAAAAGGCGGGAAGAGGUGAAACACAAGGAGGAGGUGAAACACAAGGAGGAGGUGAAGGUCAAGCAGAGCUCCAGCUCCAGCCAGCCGGUCUGCACCUGCCAUCUGAAAAACUCCACCCACUAGGGUCCGACCGAGGAGCUUAGUCCACAUGAAGACGAGCAAAAGAGGUCAAAGGGUCACGCAGAGAGAGAAGCACCUGAAGUCAUGCCUCAAUUGAAGGAAUUCCCUUAUUGUAAAAAUGUUCAACAAACCUGAAAUGUUCCGAGUCUUUCAGAACACAUAUUUUAGUCUCAUCUGUAGAAACGGUGAAAACRGAUAAGAAGAAAUGUAAUUGUAAACAAAGUAAAUCCAGAGCUGACUGGUUACACAGUGAGUAGAUAAUUAUAGAGUAUGUGUGGGUUGAUAUAAAAAUAAYGUUUCCCACUAUUUUGUUUUUGUUUCAGUAUUUAAAAUGCAUCUGAUGAGUCAGCAGAUGUGAGCCGAACAACAUCUGAUCUCUAAAUACACAUUGAAGGGUCUCCGUGGUCCGUUUUGCCAUCCCAGCCCGGCAGGUUUUCCUGCUCUGUGAAUUCGUUUUAGUGGCUCCACCACCAAACACAGAACCACAGGGACCUGCAUCGCUUCACCGAGAUCACACACUUCACUGGAAAUAACUCCCUGCAAAAGACUAAACACAAGAACGACCUUUAUUGUUUAAACAGCCGAGCGGUGUUCCAGCAGACGGAGCAAAGAAACACGAAGAGCCUCAAAGAUGAAUCAUUCAAGAUUCUGUGAAGAAACACGAGGAAAACAGAAGUGAAGGGCCAGUGAUUUUUUUUAUUUAACUUGCUUUCAUAUUUACUUGAUUUUUGGUGACUUAGUGUUAUUUUAUGUAUUUUAUUCAUUUUGCAGUUUGUUUUAUAAAUCCAAAACUAAAAACCAAAAUGAGAUAUUGCUUAUUUAGGUGCUUGAUUUCUGUAGAUUAAAACACAGAAAUCCCCAUAGUCAUUCUUUCUAUAUUUAUUUGACAUUUGUUAUCUUCUUUCAGCUGUAGAGUGCAAUAUCGGCAGAUUUACUGAUUUCAGGGUGUAGGUUUAUGUAUUUAUAAGAUAGAUUUAGCUUUUAAUUCAUAAAGAGUCGAUAAAAGAGUCAGAGUGGGGUGAUUUUUCAGAUCUACAAAACUACCAUUUAAAGAUAUCUGCAUUUCAGUUUMAUUGCUGAGGUUUUUCAUUGUUAAUAAAUUAAUAUAAAUGUUUGAGCUGUAGUUUCUCUGUUUUAUGAUGUGUGGCUGUGUCAUGGCUAAAAGACAUACAUGACUUUUUCUGUGACAU